UACGCGCUCAACCCCACGAAUCCGCACAAGCACAAACACAAUGGGCGGAGGACCAAAGAUCCCAUACCCCAAGCACGUCUGGUCACCAUCUGGUGGUUGGUAUGCUCAGCCGAACAACUGGAAAGCCAACACGGCCGUCGUAGGCCUCACCAUGGCCAGUAUUGCCGGCAUGGCUUUUAUGCUGAGCGCAAACCGCGAAUACCGCGACAAGAUGCCCGAACGCCACCGUUUCUUCCCCAGCCGAUACUGGACCAAGCAGAUCAAAGAACACGAGAGGAAACAGAAUCAGAGUGUGAUAGAGAAGGUGUUGGACAACUAGAUAUCCGGCGUUGGGCGGGGAGCAGUAACGGUGGCUAUGGCUGUAUAUAACUAGCCAGCCGCUGCUUGAAAUCAGAAAGCCUAUUUUCGACACUCACACCGUUCCACGUUUCCCCCUUCUCAGAGUGAGAGAGAACAGGCAUGCCGACUUGUUCAAUGGCAAAGCUCGCCGAGAUUGAGCCCCAGAUGGCGGCUUCCUCCAGAUUGUCCGACACUUCCGAACCACAUCUUAGCAGACCAACCGCCAGUCCACCCAAGAAGCCGUUACCUCCGCCUGUAGGAUCAAUCACCUUUCCCGCUGAUUGAUGGUAGGCAGGUAGCCACUUGCGUAGCCCUUUGCGUGUUACUAAGCAGCCAUCUUUCCCGCAUCGCACGACAACCCCUCCAUCGCUAUUGGGACCAAUGCCACUCUCCAGCCACUGAUCACAUAGCUCCUCAACUGCGCGGAAGUCGACUUGAUGCUCCCCAUCGGUUUUCUUACCGAAGAAGCCACCCAGCUCACUGUUGUUGGGGCUCACCACGUCAACGUACUUUAGUGCCUUUAAGCAAUUCUCAGACUCGUCGGCCGUGCACAGAUCAGGUACUGGUUCCCAUAUGAAUACCGGACGUUGGAAUUCAGCCCUCUCGCCAUCACUCUGCUUGCGUAAUGCGGUGAUGUUUUCAACCAGAUCAAUGCAGCGCAGGGGCG